CGUAAACAGAAGAAAGCGGAAACAAAGAGGGUUUUAUUAAACACAAACACAGCCCUGGUUGUAGAUGUACUGAAGUAGUCAGGGGGGAAACACCAGACUUUGACUUCUCCGGCGAUAAAACUGAAAGUGAGCUGAGAAGAGAACUACACCAUCAACAUGGCGCUGAAGAGAAUUCAGAAGGAGCUGCAGGACCUGGAAAGAGACCCUCCUGCACAGUGCUCUGCUGGACCAGUUGGUGAUGACUUGUUUCAUUGGCAGGCGACCAUUAUGGGUCCAGGUGAUAGUCCAUACCAAGGAGGAGUUUUCUUUCUCACAAUCCACUUCCCCACCGACUACCCAUUCAAGCCACCAAAGGUAGCAUUUACAACAAAGAUUUAUCACCCAAAUAUUAACAGCAAUGGCAGUAUUUGUUUGGACAUUCUCCGUUCACAGUGGUCUCCAGCACUAACACUGUCGAAAGUUUUAUUGUCCAUAUGUUCGUUGAUCUGUGAUCCAAACCCAGAUGACCCCUUAGUUCCAGACAUAGCUCAAAUGUACAAGAACGACAAAGAAAGAUACAACAAACUAGCAAAAGAAUGGACCAACAAGUAUGCCAUGUAAAGAAAAUAAUAAUAUCCAAGAGAAGAAGAAAAAGAACAUGCUGAAGUCACAACACACUGUAAAUUAUAGUAUUAAAUCCUGAAGUAAAAGCUCCCAUCUAACUAUAAUGUCAUUGUUAUUAACCUGACAUACUGUAUAGAUCAUUUAUUUUUAAUGGAAGCAGACAGUUCACUUUGAGCAAAUAAGAUUUCCUGUGGUCAUUCAAUAGAAAUUUGGGAUGGUUUUCUUUAUUUAUAAUUCACAUUGAUAUUACAAACUGCUUAACAACUGCCUUUAUUUUAAGUAAACCUAGUGACUUGCAGGACAGAAAUCCCACUGCAUGAUGUUUAGCAAUAUGACAGGAGCUGAGUAGCAGACCAGCAGGAUUACGUAAACUGCGCCAUACCUGGAAAAUCCCAGCUUCACUCUCUGCUGCUUCCAUCAACAGCUUGCAGGAACCACAAUUGACCAUGGGAAUACUGACAAGUGGAUACCAAAUAAGUAAACCCCAGAUUUUUACACAUGUCUGUAAAUCAUAUAAAUACUGACAUAAUAUCUUUUUUUUAAAAACACCUUCAGCUUUAUGUUGUGGCUGAUGGACAUUCUUGAUGAGGUGUUUUGCAUCUUGUUACAGCUGAGUGAAAGAAUGUACUGUUGCAGUUCCUCUAAAAAUGGAAGCAAUUACAAGUCAUUUAAUAUGAUGUUCUUCAUCUUGUAUUAUUAUUAUUAAAAUCAUCUGGAACUAUCUAACAGUUUUAUUAUUUUCAAUAAGAGUCAUCACAAAAUAUAUCUUACAAACUGUACUCUUUUUUUUUCUUUCCCUGGGAGAAGCUGUGACAUUGGAUUUUUGUUGGAUUUACACAGGUACAUAGAUCAGAUUUUUAACCCAGUCAAACGUACUCCUAAGGGUUGAACAUGCUCUUCUGUUCAUAUCUAUCUGUGCUAUAGAAAGGGUAAAAAAUUAUUUUUCUGUUCUUGUGUAAACAGUCUGUCACUUGUAUCUGAUGCCCCUGUGGCACCUUUUGUACUGAAUAAAAGAAUGGUACGGUUUUUUAUCAUGA